AUGACUAGUGAAAAGGCUGAAAAACAAGUUGAUCAUACUGAGGAGGAGUUAUUAAAAAACUAUGGAUAUGGCUUUCGACAUGUUCAAAUGCUGUGCAUGGGGGUAUGCAUUAUGGUAUUAUUUAUGGUAAGGAGUAGCAUGGCAGUGGCGGUGCUUGCCAUGUGUGAUGCGAAACGGAAGAAUGAUACAAGUGCUGUCGUUUACGAUUGGGAUCCAAGAACAAAGAAUAUCAUAUUGUCAUCAUUCUUUUGGGGUUACACGAUCCUCCAAGUACCGGCCGGUAUAUUAGCAAAAAAAUUCGGUGGCAAGCUUAUUUUGUUAGUGUCAUUGAUAUCAAAUGGUGUUUUGUCUUUGCUCAUUCCAACAUUAGCUGCAGUGUUUGAAACCAUGGGUGUUCAAAUUGGUACAAUUCUAUCAAUGCCAUUAUCUGGUUUACUGGCAGAAACUGCAAUGGGAUGGAAGGCUAUAUUUUACUCUAUGUCUGGACUCUUAUUUGCUACUGCAAUAUUAUGGUACUUCUGCACAGCCAGCUCUCCUAAAGAACAUAAAUUUAUCUCAAAAGAAGAGAGAAUGUAUAUUGAAUCUCGACUUAAUGUACAGAAACCAGGGAGCAAUGUGCGGAUUCCGUGGAGGAUGAUAUUAACAUCAGGCCCACUGUUGGCCACUUUGUUACCACAUCUCGGUUUUGCGUCCGCUUUUAUGAUUAUCUUUGUAGACAUGCCCAUGUAUAUGGAAAGUGCUCUGGGCAUAUCUUUGAAAAAUAGUUCAUUUUUGUCUGCACUACCGUACGCGGGCAUGUGGGCUGCAAGUUUGAUCGCUGCGAUUGUAUCAGAGAAACUUUGUAAUAGAAAUAUUUUAUCUAGAAACGUGUGUAGAAAGACUUUCAAUUCUAUUGGUUUAUUCGGAGUGUCUUCUGGUCUGGUGAUAUUAUCAUUCCUGGGGAAGGAAUAUAGGAUGUUUGCUGUCAUAACUCUCAUUGGCGCAAUGACGUUAGGUGGAUUCACUACAGCUGGAUUUAUAAUUAACCAACUGGAUUUGUCACCGAACAAUGCAGGAAUAUUAAUGUCGGUAUCCAACUUCAUUUCCAACAUAAUAGCGGUGUCAAUGACUCUCGCGGCUAGCGCAAUUAUAGGAAAAGACUCUACAGAUGUAAGCCGAUGGCGUAUUAUUUUUCUAUCAAAUGCAGUUCUGUGUUCAGCCACUAAUGUGUACUACCUGAUAUUUGGUACUACCGAGCGGCAAAAGUGGGAUGAUCCUAAUUAUUUAGAUAAACAGAGAGCUACCUCAGAGGAAACUAAAGCUUUGACUAUGCAAGAUCAAAAAGAAGAUAUAUCUAAUAAGAUUAAAAUGUAA